AUGCUCAGCGAUGAGUGGGCAGACUCUCAAAUGCCAGUCGACGGGACGGAGGGUUGUCUUCGUGCCUUCACUCAGCUAAAGCAGCAGUAUCCGCAGUUAAAAGUUAUUCUCUCCAUAGGGGGUGGCGGCAAGGGUAGCGAGAACUUUGCCAGUGUAGCCAGGAACCCGUCGGCAGUAGCGAUGUUUGCCAGUAGUGCCAGGGCGUUGGUUGACCAGUUCGGCUUGGAUGGCAUUGAUAUUGACUGGGAGCACCCAUCGAAUAGUCAGCAAGGCCAAGACUACAUCUACCUGUUAUCACAGCUACGAGCGGUCUUACCUAGUCCACGCUACUCGUUGACGAGUGCAGUACCCGCCGGCGAGUGGGCUCUAAAACACAUCAAUCUUCCUGUGGCCCAGCAGUACUUGGACUUAUUCAUGGUGAUGUGCUAUGAUUUCUCAGGGCCGUGGCUUGAUCGAACGGGCCAUCAAGCCCAGCUCUUCACACCGUUCCAGCCACACAACGAUGCGGCCUAUAUUUCCUGUCAGUCCGCAGUCACGUAUUUCCUGAACCAGAACGUGCAGUCCAACAAGAUCUUGCUGGGAAUUCCUGUUUAUGGGAGAUCAUUUACCGGUGCAGACAACAUCAACCAACCGUAUUCAGGUGCUGACGGGGACGAUGGCGUGUUUGAUUACAGCGAGCUCCCUAGACCAGGAGCCAAAGAAACCGUCGACGAGACAGUGGGGGCUGCGUACUGCGUUGGUGGUCGUGAUGGCGGAUUUGUCUCGUAUGACACUCCGCAGACAGUCGAAAACAAGGCGAAAUUCGUAUCCGACAUGAGACUAGGCGGGCUGUUUUACUGGCACAUUGCGGCUGAUAAGCGAGGCAUGAACAGUUUGCUAGAGACGGGAUACAACACAUUGCACGAGUUGUAA